AAAUCAUUUCAUUUGUCAAAAAACCAAAACUACGCUUGCGCAUUUUCAAUUUAUUGAUUUAUAUUCCGCUAAAUAAUUUCUUUAUUUUGGCAUACCAAAUGACAUCAGGAAGUUUUCAAAUGACUGAUGGAUCUACUACAGAACAUUUGAAGAAAUUCGUCUUCACAAACGUUACACAAGCAAAUCAAGGCAUACCACCUGAAAAGUCUCUUGAAAUACUUAUUCCCGAGCUCCUGCAAUCCGGCUACUCGUUUUACACUUGGCCUUGUGCUCCAAUUCUAGCUUGGUUUCUGUGGGAACGACGUCAUUCAUUAGUUGGGAAACGAGUUCUAGAACUUGGUGCUGGCACCGCUCUUCCUGGUAUUUUAGCCGCAAAGUGCGGAGCCCAAGUAGUCCUCAGCGAUAAUUGUAUUCUUCCAAAAUCAUUGGCACACAUUCGCCGUGCUUGUUUGGCAAACAAUUUAGUUCCUGGUCAAAGCAUUGAUGUAAUCGGUCUCAGUUGGGGUUUACUAUUAAACAGUGUCUUCAACUUGGGUAGCCUUGAUUUAAUCAUUGCUGCCGAUUGUUUCUACGAUCCAGGUGUAUUCGAAGAUAUUGUUGUUACAAUAUCAUUUUUAUUAGACAGGAAUCCCGAAGCAAAGUUCAUAUUCACUUAUCAGGAACGUAGCGCUGAUUGGUCAAUAGAGGCAUUGCUAAAAAAGUGGAAUUUACAUGCAGUUCAGAUCAAUAUCGACGAUAUUGGAAAGUAUUCUGGAGUAGAUUUGAUUGAAUUGAUGGGCGGUCAUACCAUUCAUUUAGUUGAAGUAUCUAAAUAAAGUUAAGAAAAACAAAUUUAAAUAAAAUGUCUCAGGUAGUCCGCAAUUCUUAUAAACUAUUUGUUGGGAAUCUAGCAUGGACAGUGGGAAGUCGUGAUUUGCAAUUGUACUUUUCAAAAUUUGGACACGUUAGCAAUGCAACAGUUAUAUU